GUGGCCAAUUAUCAUCCAAGAAUCACUACCAGCACCUAGCCAGCUCUGUAGAGCAUCAUCAUCGUCAUCGCGCACGAUUCUUUCCAUUCAUUUUCUUCCCCAAUACACCGCCCUGAUUUGGUCGCUCUGAAGGUUAUAUAUUUUUCUACUAGUUUACAAAGGGGAAGGGAAGCACCGAUCUCUGGUAAGUCCAUAAUCUCUUUGGUGAAAGUUUCUUCAAUUCUAACAUUUUAAUACCAGCUGAAACUUUCUAUGAUGGAUACAAGUCAUGGUAAUCAUGAAGAUUAUACAGUAGCUCUCUAUGAAGCCUCACUUGAUGGGUCUGUAAGCACCUUGGACACUUUGUUGCAAAGGGAUAGGCUCAUUCUUCACAAAAUCUCACUUACAUCCUUCACCGAAACCCCCUUACACAUUGCAGCUUUGCUUGGCCACCUCCAAUUUACUAAUGCUCUUCUCAAAAGAAAACCACAACUUGUGGAAAAAGUGGACUCAUCAGACCGAACUGCCCUUCACUAGGCCUGUGCAGGGGGCCACACCCAGGUUGUGAAAGCAUUGUUGCUAGCCAAUAUGGAUAUGUGCUUAGUUUCUGAUCAAGAGGAGAGAAUUCCUCUCCACUUAGCCGCAAUGAGAGGACACGUAGAGGUGAUAAAAGAAUUGCUUAUUGCCCAUCCAGGCUCAAUCUCUCGGGUGAAUCUGUAUGGAGACAAUGUUUUACAUUUGUGUGUUCGGUAUAAUUGUUUGGACGCUCUGAAAUUAUUGGUGGAAUCCGUAAAUGAUAAAGAUUUCGUCAACUCCAAAGACAAUGAUGGUAAUUCCAUAUUGCAUUUAGCUGUGAUGCUCGGGCAAACGAAGACCAUAAAAUACUUGCUUUCGAUACCAGAAUUAAAAAGAAAGGCCAAUGCCAAAAAUAGGAUUGGCAACAUGACAGCUUUGGAUGUCUCAGAGACUUGUCAUAGAGAUUUCAAAUGUAUUCAAAUCCAAGACAUUCCAAAAGCAGCAGGUGUUAGAAGAUCCAAGGAUCUAAACUCUCCUCUACUUCCAGCAUUAAAUGAUGAGGAAGCACAAUCAGCUCGACCCAUUAUUGAAGAACAGCCGGCUGAUCUAUCGAGGUUUAGGAAAUGGUGGAGAUACUUUUAUUUGUGUCGAUGGGUUAAACAUUUGCAGAGUCAGAGCAAUUGGAUCGAUGAGACACGUGGCACAUUGAUGUUGGUGGCCACUGUGAUUGCAACUAUGACUUUCCAAUCUGGGAUCAACCCACCAGGUGGUGUUUGGCAGCAAGAUUAAAAAAAUGGUGAUAUUGCAGCAGGCACAUCAAUAUUUCUAGCCCAGAACU